CUGUCUCCUACUUUGCCAUGAAGGGACUGGCCAUACUUUUGGUUGCCGUGACACUAGGGGAGAGAGGUCUGGGCGAUGUAUUGCAGGAGGUGGUAACCUGCGAUGAGAAGAGUGAUGGUGAACCGGCUGCGAGGCUGGCCAUGCAACAUAUAAACAAACACCAUCACCAUGGAUACAAGUUUAAGCUCAGCAAGUUGCGUUCCUUCAGGACGGAGAAGGAGGGAUCUGGGUGCAUGCUGCACAUGGGCUUGGACCUCCAGGAGACCACUUGUCACGUGCUCAACCCCAAACCCUUUGAGGAGUGUAAGGUCCGAAUGAUGUUUGACACACAGGUGAAGGCCGACUGCAACGUGACAAUUAGCGUUGCCCCGGAAACCCCCACUGCUGUCAGCUACGUCUGUGACACUGAACCCAUGGAUAGAAGGACGUUGUUGUGGAUGUGUCCUGACUGUCCGGCGCUGAUGCCCCUCCACCAUCCUGAUGGGCUGGCCAGCAUCGAGGCUGCCCUGGCGAAGUUCAACAGAGAGGGGAACCACACCUUCGCCUUCAAACUGCUGGAAGUGGGACGCUUCGUUAAUGCGUGGAUUCUCGGAAUGAACAGGAGUGAGAUUGCAGAGUUUGCUAUAGUAGAGACGGACUGCCCUGCCAAAGGAAGGAUAGACCCACGGGCCUGCAAGUCGUUGUGCCCCGACCAAGCUCGUCAUGGCUUCUGCAAGUCCUCUCAGAGGAAAGGCAUGGACGUGACAGUCGACUGUGAUAUCUACGAAGCAAAGAACUCCACCCAACCAUCUGGAACAGAUCCUAUCAAGUGCAGGCCCCAUAUGGGCCAUGGUCCAGCCAUCCAUCCCCCCCAACACCCAUGGCAUGAGGGCCAUGGAGAGGGCCACCGCCCCACCAGACUCCCACACUAUGAGGGCCCUGGUCUGGUCAUCCGCCCCAGCAAACCCCCCCACGUUUCGAGCCAUGGUCUAGACAUCCUUCCCCCCAAAGAAAUCCCAGCGGGCCAAGAAAUCGUCCACCCCCUCCCCCCACAUCCCCUCCCAGGGGACCCUGUUCCUCGCCCCUUCCCUCCCUGCCAUGGUUUUGUGAAGAUCCCCCCCUCCAUUUAUCCCAUCUGCCCCUUCCCCCACAUCCACCCCCACCUCCUCCCCCACCUCCUCCCCCCACAAGGUGAAGACCGCCCUCAUCCCAUAGGGGCCUGAACUAGUAGAGAAUGGUAUGUACAGUGCUGCCACCUAGUUAUUUGACGAUGUGUUAUGUAACAGUCUUUGACGUUGCGAAAAAUUGGCGUGUGGGGCAUUUUUAUGUGUGGACUUUCUGUUGUGUCAGUGAAAUGUUUCGGUUCUGGCGAUGUUAACGCACUUUGGCACUAAAAUAAAAAACAUGAAUCCGUA